AUGCACCAACGAUUAAAGGUUGACCAUCAACUAGUUGUAGACAGGGAGACAGUCCGUAAGAUUCUAAGGAUUGUUGAUCCAGAAGGGGUUGAUACUCCUUUGAGACACCGACUAAAGAGACGGCAGUACAAGGUUAAAGGGCCAAAUUACAUAUGGCACAUUGAUGGCUAUGAUAAGCUCAAGCCAUUUGGGUUUUGCAUACAUGGUGCCCUGGAUGGCUACAGCAGGCGAGUCCUGUGGUUAGAGGUUGGCCCUUCCAAUAACGAUCCAAGAAUAGUUGGACAAUAUUAUCUGAAUUACAUUCGUCAAAUUGGUGGUGCCCCCCGUAUAGUCCGGUCAGACUAUGGGACCGAAAACGUGCAUAUUGCCGCAAUGCAGAGAUUUUUCAGGUCUUCUGCUAAUGAUAGCUUUUCUGGGGACAAAAGUUUUAUGUACGGCAAGUCAACGUCAAAUCAGAGAAUUGAAGCAUGGUGGUCCCAGUUGCGACGAGCCGGUGCUAACUGGUGGAUAAAUUAUUUUAAAGAUCUCAGAGAUACUGGUGUAUAUCGUGAAGGGCAAAUAAUUGACGAGGAGUGCCUUAAGUUUUGUUACUAUAACAUUAUUAAAGAUGAACUGUAUAAGAUUGCGAGUCACUGGAAUGUCCAUUGUAUAAGACCUAGUUCUAACGCAGAAUCCCCAUCUGGCAGACCGGAUACUUUGUAUUUUCUUCCUGAGGUAAAUGAAACCCGAGAUUACACAACAAGAGCAUUUGACGCAGAUAUUAAUGUUGCAGAAGAAAUGUGUUGUGUGCAAAAUCCACCAAAUGGCUGCGAACAUGAGUUUAACGAGUUGGCCACAAUCAUCAUGAGUGAAAAUAGACUACAAAUGCCAACAACUGUUGAAGAGGCAGAAGAGCUCUAUGUAGAGCUACUACAUCAAAUUGAAAACAUAUGA